AUGGAUGCUGUCACACUAGUACAAAGUUUCCAGCAGGAGACCACCUGUAGCAUCUGUCUGACAUUCUUCUCAAAGCCUGUCACCCUCAGCUGCGGGCACAGCUUUUGCCAGAUUUGUCUGACGAGAAGCAAGCAAGAUGGGGUCAUACCUUUCACUUGCCCUGAGUGCAGGAAAAUCUCCCAGAACGUCCCUAGCCUCAAUGUGCGCCUGUCAAAGCUGUCUGCUAUCUGCGAGAUGCUCAAUUCCCAGAACUUGCAGAACCCUGUGGGACAAAGACUUUGUCAGAAGCACCAGCAAGUCCCCAAACUCUUCUGCAAGGAGGACCAGACCUUCCUCUGUAUAGCCUGUACUAAAGGUCAGGAGCAUGCAGCCCACACCAUUUUCCCCAUUGAAGAGGCUGCUCUGAAAUGCAGGAAGAAACUCCAGUACACUGUGCCUCGUUUGAGAAAGAAGAUCAGGAAAUGGAAAGACCUUAAAUCUUCAAAGAAGCAUAAACGAUUUAAGUGGAGAAAGUUGAUGAGAGGAGAAUAUGCAAAAAUGCACCGAUUUCUCUAUGAGGAAGAAAGGUUGUGCAUAGACCAAGAUGAAUGGAAGGCUUCAAUAAAUCAGCACGUGAAAAACAUGGAAGAUGCUAUCCGGAAGAUAAAUGAAACCAGAUCCAGACCUGAUUUGGACUUACUCAAGGAAAGCAAAGAGAUAUUGCAAAUAAGUGAAUCACUGCUUUCUGAAAAACCCAAGUCUUUCACCCUAGAGUUUUAUCCCAUCACUGGGAUGAAGGACUGGCUAAAGAGAUUCAGAGUGAAUAUCACUAUGGAUCCUACAACAGUCCGUGGCUCUGUCGUUGUAUCUGAGGAUCUGAAGAGUAUAAAACAUAGAGAAGAUAACUUUCCAGAUCAGCCUAAUAACCCUGAAAAAUUCCCUUAUUAUCUUGUCCUUGGUCAGCAGGCAUUUGCUUCUGGCAUACGCUACUGGGAGGUGGAUGUGAGUGAGCAACCUCAGUGGGCACUGGGGAUUUCUACCAGAAGCCUCAGGCAGAGAACCUACUAUUCAGUUAGGUACAUGCUUUGCUGUGAGAAGAGGGGAAAUGAUUUCUACCUGAUCACCCGACCAGGAUUAGUUUUCCAGCAAAUGAAAGAGCCCAUACCUAAAAUUGGUGUAUAUCUGGAUUAUACUGAAGGAAGCCUUAUGUUCUAUAAUGCUAUCAAAUACUCCCUCCUCGACGGAAUGAGCACUAUACCAUUCACAGAGCAUGUCAGGCCUCUCUUCUCUCCUUGUCCCCCUAUGCCAGGAUCAAGGGUUGGUCCCAUGACCAUCUGUCCAGUGGAAGACAGUAGUUGA